AUGCUAAUCGACGGCGAGAAGUAUGCCUGCGAGGCAUGUGUGCGCGGUCACCGUGUCAGCAACUGCCAGCACGCAAACCGGCCACUCCAGCACAUCAACAAAAAGGGCCGUCCCGUCUCCCAAUGUGCGCACUGUCGCUCAAUGCGCAAGUCUCGAUCCGCGCAUAUAAAGUGCGACUGCGGCGAGAAGACGAGCAAGUGCAUCCACCUGCAACCACCCGCCGAGGGCCAUGUUGAGACCUGCUGCUGCAACCAUGGUGGACGAUGCACCUGUGCCGGGAAGACUGAUGUGCCACUGGACACUGUUCCAGAGUCCGACUCUGAUGGCGAGAUGCAAAAGGCCGCCACCCUUCCUCCUCGCCCUGUCCCCAGGAGGCGACGGGCCAAUACGAUUCACUCGUCCGACAUGGGCAUGACCUUUGACCAACACGGCCACCACAAGCCGGCCAAGCACAACCGUGCCUCCCAGAAGUGCGGGCCGUAUCAGCUGAACAGGGUCAACUCAGCCGCCAGCACCGACAGCCUGCUGUACCAAGCCCACGGCGAGGGUCACGCAGCAGUGCAACACAGCUUUCUUACCCGCGAGCAGCGCCAGGUCAAGUCGGAAGCGGCAUCUCCCUUGCUAUCUUCGUCCAGCUUUACGCAGCUAAACAGCAACUUGCCCCCCUUGGAUCUGUCGGGCAUUUCAAACUACGCAACAUACGUUAGCGCUCCGGGCUUCGAUCUCUUCUCCAGCGGGCUUCCGGACGCCGAUGCGCCUAUCCUCAGCGCCAGCCUAGCACAGUCAGUCGACUGGAGCCACUACGAUUUGAGGGAAGCCAACGGUGACACCUUCACCCCCUCCAGCUACAGCCAGGCCGGCACACAAUUUACCGGCCACUUCGAUUUCGGCAGCGGCUCUGAGAAUCUGCCCACACUUGCCGGCACAACAUCCACAUCCGGCGACGUCUCCGAGGUGGAAGACUUUAUGCCUGGUGGCGAGGGCGAAUACGACGGAUUCUCUACCAGCGGCAGCUACCUGCGACAGGCAAACGUCGACUUGACCAGCAUUGACUACAGCCUUUUUGACAAGGCUGACAACCAGGCUCUGACUGGCGACUUCUCCACGGUCGAGGACGACCCCGCUUUCUACAUCCCGAACUACAGCGGCACUGUCGCAACUGUCGACGACAACUCGGACACUCUUGGAGCCGGCUCCUUGGCCGGCUACUGGGAAAUGUGA